GAGAAGUGCAAUGAAAAUUCUAAAGCCCAAGCAGUGAUGAAUCAAGGCCAAUCAGAGAGGAACCAACAUCAAUCGGAAGGAUCUCAAGGCCAAUCAGAAGAAAAUCAACACUAUUCAGAGAGAUCUCAAGGCCACUCAAAGAGAUCUCAUGGCCAAGCAGAGAGAUCUCAUCGUCAAUCAGAAAGAUCUCGUGGCCAAAAAGAGAGAUCUCAUCGUCAAUCAGAAAGAUCUCAUGGUCAAUCAGAGAGAUCUCAUCGUCAAUCAGAAAGAUCUCGUGGCCAAGCAGAGAGAUCUCAUCGUCAAUCAGAAAGAUCUCAUGGUCAAUCAGAGAGAUCUCAUGGCCAAUCAGAGAGAUCUCAUGGCCAAAAAGAUCUCGUGGCCAAGCAGAGAGAUCUCAUCAUCAAUCAGAAAGAUCUCAUGGCCAAGCAGAGAGAUCUCAUCAUCAAUCAGAAAGAUCUCGUGGCCAAGCAGAGAGAUCUCAUCGUCAAUCAGAAAGAUCUCGUGGCCAAGCAGAGAGAUCUCAUCAGUCAAUCGGAGAGAUCUCAUGACCAAUCAGGGAGAUAUAAAAGAUACUCAUCAGGGAAAUCGACAAUAUCACUGGAAAAUGAGUACAUCAUCUUUGAAAAAUUUCGAAGACGUGAAAGAUUGCCACCGUCGUACCCACCAGUUCGGUUCCAGGAAGCCAGAGCACUUCAGAAGGUGAAGGUUGUGGACGGGUGCAUCACACCUAGAAGUUACAAAAAACUCCUGAUCAGACAGCAGGGAGAUGCGGUGGGUCUAGAUGGUGGCCUGGAGGACGAAGUGUGUGGCCAUGUACCAGUGGUAGCAGUAGAGAAGCUCCAUUCCCAUGACCCCAAUGACCUUUCUGAGGUGGUCAUAGAAGAAGAGCAGGUCCUCGGGCACACGCCCUGCAAGUGGGAAAGAGAAGCAUCCACCUUGCUGGUGUUUCCACUCCAUGUUGUGAAAUUUUCAUUCCUAUUAUUGAAUCUAAAGGCAAGCCGUUUCAGUAGACUUCAGCCCCACAACCCCCCGAGAUGA